GACUGCUGUGUGGCAAUGGGAGAUGAGAGACGCAUGACGCGGAUGCUGUUGGAAUGCAGUCUCAGUGACAAGUUGUGUAUUGUCCGGGAGCAGCAGUAUGAAAUCAUCAUCAUCCCAACCCUUCUGGUUGGGAUCUUCCUCAUUCUCCUUGGGGUCAUCCUGUGGCUUUUCAUCAGAGAACAAAGAGAGCAACAGCAGUCUCCCGGACUACGAGGUGUUGCCCACGUGCCUCCAUCUAGGGGCCUAAGCUGGGAAGCAGCAAGACCUGAAGGAAGUGUGUUUGUACCACUUAAGGAGACAUCGGUGGAAAGCCUUCUACGAACUUCCACACAUGCCCUGGCUAAGCUGCAGGUGCCCCGGGAGCACCUCUCUGAAGUUCUGGAGCAAAUCCACAAUGGUAGUUUUGGGACCAUCUACCGAACCAAGAUAUAUACUGGGGACCCUGAUGAGCCCAAGAGUGUUGUCCUCAAGGCUUUAAAAGAACCAGCUGGGCUCCAAGAGGUGCAGGAGUUCUUAGGGCAAAUCCAGUUCUAUCAGUACCUGGGGAAGCACAAGAACCUGGUACAGCUGGAAGGCUGCUGCACAGAAGGGCUGCCGCUCUAUAUGGUGUUGGAGGAUGUGGCCCAGGGGGACCUGCUCAGCUUUCUAUGGACCUGUCGCCGGGAUGUGAUGACCAUGGAUGGCCUUCCGUAUGACCUCACAGAAAAACAAAUAUAUCACAUAGGGAAGCAGGUCCUUUUGGCUGUGGAAUUUCUCCAGGAUAAGCAUCUGUUCCAUGGGGAUGUGGCAGCCAGGAAUAUCCUGAUCCAGUGUGAUCUCACUGCUAAGCUCUGCGGACUGGGCCUGGCUUAUGAAGUCCACUCCCGAGGGGCCAUCUCGUCUAGUCGCAUCAUACCUCUCAAGUGGCUCGCCCCAGAACGGCUUCUGCUGAGACCAGCUGGCAUCAAAGGAGACAUCUGGUCUUUUGGGAUACUGCUCUACGAGAUGGUGACUCUAGGGGCACCUCCAUAUCCUGAAAUCCCUCCUACCAGCAUCCUACAGCAUCUCCAAAGAAGGAAAAUCAUGAAGAGACCCAGUAGCUGCACACACACCAUGUACGGUCUCAUGAAGUCCUGCUGGCGUUGGAGUGAGGACAGCCGCCCCUCACUUAGAGAGCUACACUCACGCCUAGAAACUGCCACUCGAACUGCAAAUGACAAGGCUGUGUUGCAAGUACCAGAAUUGGUGGUGCCUGAAUUGUAUGCAGCUGUGGCAGGCGUCAGCCUGGAGAGUCUCUCCUAUAGCUAUAGCAUCCUUUGAAGAUCCUGGGGCAACACACAUU